AUGCGCGCCGGUGCACAUGCGUCACCUCGGCGACGGCGAGGCCUCGCUGGCAGCCGCCUCGCGCGCAGCCGCACACGCCUGCUAGGGAGGGCUGGCCGCCGCCCCGGUGGCCUCUACAUCGACGAGCCCACGGAGGCGCCAGCGCAAGCGCCACAUGCCCAGCCCGAGGAGGACGACGACCCCGAGAUGCACGCCGCGCUGGUUGUGUCCCGCGAGGUCAACAACCUCGAGGAGCUGGCCAAAUGGCCGCACCUCGCCGAGGCGCGGAGUCAACCGGAAACCAGCCCCACGACCCCCGUCGUCCCCUUCCCCUACCCCCGUCCCCUCCCUCCCGCGUCCUCUCCCUCCACCGCCACCGCCGCCGCCCCUGCAGCCCACGGCUUCCUCCACCGUCUCAUCCGUUGGGCGCGCCAUCAAGGCGGCUCUGUCCCACCGCCGCAGCCGGGUUCGCCGGCGCCGGUGAGGCCCGUGUCGUCCCCGCCUUCUUGCCCGAGGAGCCCAGUGCCGGCGGAGCCGGAGGCCGUCGCGGAACCCGACCCCGACACUCGCCCGGACACGUCCCCGUCGCCGCCGCCGGCAGCAGCUCCCGUCGCCGCCGGCAGCGCCUCCCGUCGCCGCGGCAGCUCCCGUCGCCGCCGGCAGCAGCUCCCCGUCGCCGCCGCCGCCGUGCGUGGCGGGCCCCAUCAGGAGCGGGCGGAGGCGGGUGGCAUCCUCAUCGAUCCAGCUCGAUCGAUCCAAGUGCUUGACGGAGGUUACUCGUUUUUGUUAAGGACUGGACUGUAA